AUGAAAUCGGUUGAUAAUGUGGCUGGUGCUAUCAGGGAGGGUAAUGUAAUAUUUGAUAGAGCUUAUCCUCGGGAGUAUACAGGGGACGAAAUUUAUAGAGAAUUGGAGUUGGUGGGUUUGGAACCCCAUGAAUUACCGAGGGCUCUAAAUUUUUUGGCAGCAAAUCAAGCAAAAGCUAGGACAUUGUUCAGUUGUCCCCUUCAGAUACAAAUGGGUGUCCUCAAAGAUAUGAUGGGUGCACUAUCCGAGAGGACUGCAGUUGAAUAUGUAGAUUGGUUUUCUGCAUGUGUGUAUGAGGUUUUUCACGAACAAUAUUUGCACAAACCUACUCAACGUGAUAUUGAGAGAUUAUAUUUGGCUCAUGAAGAGCGGCAUGGAUUUUCGGGUAUGCUUGGCAGUCUAGAUUGUACGCAUCUUGCAUGCGGAAAAUGUCCAAAUGCAUGGCGUGGUCAGUUCACUCGAGGAGAUAUAGGUGAACCAAUUAUCGUCUAA